AUGGACGGGUCCCGCGACGUCGCGCCGGGCAACCUGCACCGGCGGCCCUUCAACGGCGCGAGCCGCCUCUACGUGGGCAACCUGCCCUACACGAUGACGACGGACCAGCUCCGGGACCACUUCGCGUCCUUUGGGCGCAUCACCGACUGCAUCGUCAAGGCCGACCAGGCCACGGGCCGGAGCCGGGGCUUCGGCAUCGUCGAGUUCUCCGAGCCGUCGGCGGCGGAGAACUCCAUCGACCGCUGGAACAACCGGUCGCUCGAGGGCCGGCCCUUGGUCGUCCGC